AGCUGGAAGAGAGUUCAUCAUAAAUAAGUUUGAAGAGAAAUUUGCUAAGAGAUGGAUAUGGGACAGGUUUAAGAACAAGGUUGAUAUUAGUAGAAAAGCAUAUAUCAAGUUCAAGAAGCUUACCCACAACAGAACCGGACUUGUAUAUGAUGCUUUGGGAAGGUUGGCGAUGUCGGAAGGUUGGUGGGAUCAACGCAUUGCGGAAUGGCAAGGUGCAAGAAAGUAUAAGAUCAAAGUGCCUCCAAACAUGGAUGUAUUUGAAGCAGAGUUUGGUGCUGUUACUGUAACUGGAGCAGAGGGAUGGUGUGCUCAACAAGGAGAAGCUAGCUUAGAUUCUAGAGUAGAUGCAGAGAAGAAUGAUGAGUCUGAUUCAGUUGACACUGAUAUGCCAGCACCAAGAGAAGGAACCAGUAGGGCUGGAUCUUCAAAAAGAAAGCGUAAGGAAUGUGAUCAAGAGCCUUAUGUUGUACGGAAUGCAAUUCUGGCUGAAAAAAAUAAGAUAGCUAAGGAGAUGGUAGAGAUAAUGGCAGAGGAUCGUGUGUUGUUGCAGGAGGAUCGCAAAUUCCGUAUAGACUCAGUGUUGGAGAUACUUAAUAAGCUGCCUGGAGUGAUAAUGUGGUCACCAUUUCACAUUGGUGCACUUAACCAUCUCAAAGCUGUUGAAGGAAACAGAAUGGCUUUUAUGUCUUUCUCUAGUGAUGAUGAUAAAAUUAGCUAUCUUGAGAAUAUGAUUGGAGUUAAGAUGUAUGAAGGAUUGUAGUGUCUGUUUUAGUAUCACUCUUUUUAGUAAGACUGUUUUAAUAUGACUCGGAUUGUAGUGUUUCUUUUAAGCCAAUGACUUUUGUUUCAUUUCUUUUGUUAUGACUCAGAUUGUAGUAUUUAAAUGUGACUGCAAGUUGCUGUCUGCUGAUGAAAAUUGUAGCUAAUGGUCACGUGUUGGCAUGAUUUCAGUUGUUUCAAUCAGUUCUUUUUUAAAUUGUAAUCAGUUUCUUUAAUCAGUUAUAUAUGAUUUAAUGUUUUGCAGAUGGUUAGGUGGUACUUGGAUGAUGAUGAUGAUGAUGAUGAUUAUGAGGAAGAGCAGGAAGUUGAUAUGCUUAAGCCAGAAAGAUUGCUUCAUAGAACAGAUCGAGGUGCUGGAUGGCAUCAUGUUCAGCAGCUUAUGCACGGGUCAGAUCAACAGUGCUAUGAUAUCCUUCGCAUGCAUCAGAGGACAUUCCAAGCUUUGUGUAAGAUGUUAGCAACGAGAUAUGGGUUAAAAGAGACGAACAAUGUCUAUAUUGAAGAAGCGGUUGCAAUGUUCCUUGAAGUGGUGGGUCAAGAUAAGACAGUACGGGUUAUUGCACAAAUAUAUCAGCGUUCGUUGGAUACAGUCAAAAGAAAACUUGGUGAAGUUUUGAGUGCUCUCUUGAAGUUUGCUGCAGAUGCACUAAAACCAGAAGAUGGUGAGUUCACAAGAGUAUGUCCUGCUUUGGGAAAUGAUGAUCGCUACUGGCCUUUUUUUAAAGAUUGUAUUGGAGCAUUGGAUGGAACUCAUAUCUCAGUUCGCCCUCCUAAGGGAAAUGCAGAAGCAUACAGGGGUAGAAAACAUGUGCCAACCAUGAAUGUCCUUGCUAUAUGUAACUUCGAUAUGAAGUUCGUAUAUGCUUAUGUGGGGGUACCGGGUAGAGCCCAUGACACAAAGGUAUUGACUUAUUGUGCGAGGAAUGAGCCAUUUUUCCCACAUCCGCCAAAUGGAAAGUAUUAUGUGGUUGAUGCUGGAUAUCCCACAAGAACAGGGUAUCUUGGUCCGUAUCGUAAGGUUCGGUAUCAUCUUGAUCAGUUCAACAGAGGAGGACCACCAACGAACACUCGAGAGGUGUUCAACCGGAGACACUCAAGCUUACGAUCAGUGAUUGAGCGGACAUUUGGAGUGUGGAAAGCAAAAUGGAGAAUUCUUGACCGUGGGCAUCCUAAAUAUGGUUUGGUCAAAUGGAUGAAGCUAGUAACAGCAACAAUGGCUCUACACAACUUCAUACGUGAUUCACAUCGAGAAGAUAAUGAUUUUGUGCAUUGGCAGACAAGAGAAGAAUAUCAUACUCAUGGUGAUAAUGAAGUGGAAGAUGAAGAAGAAGAAGAAGAAGAAGAAGAAGAUGGUGAUGGUUAUGAUGGACAUAUUCCAUAUAAUCCGACUGGUGACAGAGCCAUGGAAGAUUUACGUGAUCAUAUUACUAGUGAGUUGAGUAGAGGAUAUCGAUUACCUUAUUAGUUUAUUUGAUUUGAGUUUGUACUGAUGUUUAUUAUUGAUCUUAAAACAUUUGACUUUUGUUUUUAAACAUUUAUUUAUGUUUAGUUUGUUGAUAUAAUUUUUUUACAA